UAUAAAAAUAUGCUUAUCACUGCCAUGAUAUUCGUGUAUUUGGUUUCGGCGUAUAUGCGUUCGGAUUCUCUGAUGCGAUCAGUGACUGUAAACACAUUGAAGUUGAAUUUGUAUAACUUGAAAUAUUACGUGUAGCAGACAAUCAGAAAUUGAAUAUAGGAAUUAAAUUGGGAUUGUGCCUUGAGUGUAAAUUCAGCCAUAUGUGCUAAAUUGUCUCUUUCUUCGUUUGUAUUCUGAAGGGAAAAGGACUGUCGGGUGUGUACGCACCAAUAAUCGGUUGUGAGACACGGAACUAAUAUUUGCACCCUUUUUUUCCCCCUGCGGACUGACAACAACAGCCCGCACCUUUGCUCGGAAGAAUAGACAUAUCAUAACAACCUUUCAAGUCUAUGGCUAACGACAACAGCGUUUCCCCAGGUAUGUGUGAGGCAGUAGAGAAGGAUUUGUAUGCUGUUCUCGGAGCCAGCCCUUCAGAUUCACUCCAGCAGCUCCGACACAGAUAUCAGAAGCUGGCCUUACAGUGCCACCCGGACCGUCUUGGAGAUGUGUGUGACUCAGAAGCAGAGUCUGGAAUGAAGAUGUUUCUUGAAAUAGAUGCAGCCUGGAAAAUCCUGUGUGAGCAUGAAACUAGGAAUCAAUAUGAUCAACAGAGGAGAGCUCGAGAACUUAAACAGGACUGGCCAGUUGACUGCAUAGUCUCACUGGAGGAAAUGACGUGGGACCAGGAUGAGUGUGUGUAUACAUACUGCUGCCGCUGUGGUGGACAAUUCAACUUGACAGAAGAGGAGAUGAAAUGGAGCGUGACAGUGAUGAGCCAAACAAGAUUCUGACACUAAAUCAUGACGAGACGUGUGCCAGGAUUUGUUGAUGAGACGAGACUAGACAAGUUAGUGAGUGGUCUGUCAGACGUUCAAAAUGCACGCUGUACAAAAAACGUUGUUUGUACAGUGGAACCUCGACUUUUAACGGACCCCAAUUUAACAGAUAUUGGGAGUAACGGACCAUCUGGACAGUACAUGUGUCUAAAUAUAGUUGCCAGUUGUCACUUAAACUCCCGAUAUGGCGCCUACCAGUGUGGUCGCCUCGGUAACGCGCUCUCUAGUAUUGUUUUGUUUUUGUGUUUUUCGUCGGUCUUUGGAGACCUUACACAACUCACUUACACAAGGGGAGACCUGCUAACCAUCAAGGAGUCGACUCCGGACUUUCUGUCACCAACUUUUGCAAAUCCGCUCAGUUUUUUCCCCGAGUUACUCACCGGAGCGGCGUCCGCGGUUUUCGGCGCAUGGAGACGGAAGCGGCGCCACAGAGGGAAACGGGCCGGCAUUCAGGUGAAACUCCGCAAGGGAGGACACAGAUUGGCGUUCCCGUCGAUCCACCUCGCGAAUGUACGCUCCCUACCCAACAAAAUGACCAUUCACACUCACAUUCACACCGUCACUGAGUGGGAACUGAACCCAUGCUGCCUGCACCGAAGUCAGGCGAAUGCACCACUAUACCAUCAGUGACUCUUGUGACAACAGUACCUGCAAAUUCCAGGUCUUUUUUAAGCUCUCCACGGGUGGUCCUUGGCUCUUGUACAGCUCUUUUUCUUAUUAUUAUUAUUCUUUGCACUCCUCUGUCUGAAAUAUUGCGAGGAGCACCUAAUCGACGCAAAUGUAUGGUGGUAUGGUUGACUUUCCACUUACGUAUUAUGGCCCCAACCGUGCUUAUUGGAAUGUUUCGAAGCUUAGAUAUGCCCCUGUAACCAAUGCCAUUGUUGUUUUGCCAUAAUUAGUUUGCGAUGGUCUUGAGACAGCUCUUUUGAGAUGUGUCUUGACUCACACCUUGUCAAUGAGACCUUUUUGAAGGCCAUCAAUUAGGACUGAACCAGCUGAUAUUAAUUUGCACUGACAAGGAGCUGGAUUGCUGUUUGAUUGUUGAAAGAUUUUAGGUGUUGUCUUGGCUUUCUAUGCCUUUUUGCACCUCCCUUUCUUCUUGUGUUCAAUACAUUUUCCCUGUGUCAUUUCACAUUUUUACACAGAACUUAAUUUUUGAUCUUAUUUGUUCUACUUUCUUUGUAUGUAUGGAUUACUUGGAUUGUUCCCAACAUCUGCUGACAUUUUCAUGCGAAUAGCACCUUUUGAAGUAUAUUUAGUGAGAAAAAUGGUGACGUGUUAAAUACUUAUUUUUAUUUCUGUGUGUAUAUUUAAGACAUUUCAUUUUUUGGGUGGUGUGAUGUGACAUUCUUCUAACGUACAAUGAGCCUCAUAGGUAAUAAAAAGUCUAAAACCUGCACAAAUGCCAGAAUUUUGUGAUGUUAAAAAAAUAGAUAAAGAUAAAUUUAAAAUAUUUUGCCACCAUUUAUAUGACAUAACCUGUACAACUAAAAAGAAACACAUUCCUUUUUGAGAGGGAAAGUAAAAAUAAGGAAAACAGUGAUAAUGUAUUUGCAAAAGUGUGCAGACCCUCAUAACUGGGGAUGUGGCUGUAUUCAGAAUUAACCAAUCACAUUCAAACUCAUGUUAAAUGGGAGGCAGCACACACCUACCACUAUUUAAAGUGCCUCUGAUGAACCCCAAAACAAAUUCCAGAUGUUCUCGUAGCUUUCAUGAUUUUUAUUUUUUCUUUGCUUCCUCGGUGAAGUCUGAAGGUUCAUCUUCUGCCUUGGUUUCAUCAGACCGUAACAUUUCUCACUUGUUUGGGACAUUUUGUUAUGGUCCGAUGAAACCUAGGCUCAACCUUUUGGCCAUGAGUCUAAAAGGUAUGUUUGGGGCAAACACACUACUGCUCAUUAAAGGUCCAGUAUUUUGUCAAACCAACUUUUGCUAGUAUUUGGGAUGUGACCUGACCUGAAGACAAGCAUGGUGGUGGGUGGCCGCAACAUGCUCUGGGGCUGUUUUUCUUCAGCUGUUAUGGUACUGGGGCCUUCCUCGAAGUGGUGAAAAUUGGGAACAGUUUCAAAUUGUAUUCACGCAAAACCUUUAGGCCUCUGCUAAAAAGCAGAGGUCAGGAAAAGGAAAGGAAAGAGCUGAACUUUAUUUGUGGUUAAUCAGUGUUACUUAAAAGGCAGCAGGUGUGUACCGACUCAUUUAACAUGAGUUUGAAUGUGAUUAAUUCUGAACCCAGCAACAUCCCCAGUUAUGAGGGUGUCCAUACCUGUGCAACCACAUCUCAGCUGUUUAUUUUCGCCUCUGCUCAUGAGAUUUAAUUUUUGCUUAUCACAUUAAUGGCAAAAAGUUUAGUAAUUAUAUCUGGCUUUUUUUUUUUUUUGUCAUCACAAAUAUCUGGCAUUCAAACAGGCAUGUGUAGACUCCUUAUAUCCACAGUACGUCAAGUAGCAGAUUUAGAUUGUAUAAUUGUAGAAAAUUUUUCCAUGUAUUUCAACAAAUUGGCGUGUGAACACCUUUACCAUUGUGUAUGCUGUAUAAACAUACCAUCAAAUCAUCUUUUUGUGUUACAGGAGUUGGAAUAGAACACCAAAUCAAGACAAGAAAAAUGGCUUCUUUGUGUCUUAUAGAGACAAAGGAAGCCAAUAAAAAUUCUAUUCUGGCAUCGUAAAACAAAUAAUCAAAUAAAUAUACAAUCAGUUUCUAAUUUAUAUGGUAUCUACAGUCCUUAUUAUUCACAGAAAGUAUAAAGUAAUAAAAAAUACAACUCUGCAGUACAAAUGCAUUCUGUGACCCGGCAAAAUGGCAGUAUAUUGUGACCCCACAGGGGUGCCAAACCCCAAAUUGCGAAGUGGUGCCCUAAAUGACAGAGCUAUUCU